GGAUACAGACACAACUCAAUCGGGGUGAUUGACCACUCACUAUGGCUCUCCUCCGCUCUCUUACCCUACUGGCCAUGGGCUCGUCAGUCCUAGCCAACCAAGACGCUUUCCAGUCUCGCUGUACAAGCUUUGCGGAUAGGAUUGAUCUACCAAAUGUCAAGGUCAACUUCGCCAACUAUUUACCCGGCGGAACGAACCUGUCGCUGGCAGACAACCCAUCCACCUGCGGUGAAUCCUCUCAGACCGUGGCUGGGGAUCUGUGUCGGGUUGCGAUGGCUGUUACGACAUCGAAUGCCAGUGAGAUUACAUUGGAAGCUUGGUUUCCUCGAAACUACACUGGUCGUUUCUUGAGUACGGGCAAUGGAGGUCUCGGUGGUUGCAUCCAGUACUAUGACCUUGCGUAUACCGCUCAAUUGGGUUUCGCCGCUGUCGGAGCUAACAAUGGUCACAACGGAACGUCUGGUGAACCUUUCUAUCAACACCCUGGGGUUCUGGAGGACUUUGCCUACCGUUCCUUGCACACGGGCGUCGUGACUGGCAAGCAACUUACUAAGUUGUUCUAUGAUGAGGGAUUCGACAAGUCGUACUACUUCGGAUGCUCGACUGGUGGUCGCCAAGGAUUCAAGUCAGUUCAGAAGUACCCCAACGACUUCGAUGGUGUGGUUGCUGGAGCGCCGGCCUUCAACUUCAUAAACCUGCUUUCGUGGAGCGCACACUUCUACCCUAUCACCGGAUCGCCGUCCUCAGACACAUACCUCUCGCCAUCUCUCUGGAAGGUCGUCCACCAAGAAAUCCUCCGACAAUGCGAUGACCUAGACGGCGCUAGAGACGGCAUCAUCGAAGACCCCGACGUCUGCAACCCCGUCCUCGAAACCAUCAUCUGCAAGUCCAACGCAACAAACACCAACCGUUGCCUAUCCGGCGCCCAAGCCAACACCGUCCGCCAAGUCCUCUCCCCUCUCUACGGCGCCAACGGAACCCUCCUCUACCCCCGCAUGCAACCGGGCUCCGAAGUCCUCACCACCAGCUUCAUGUACUCUGGCAAACCCUUCCAAUACAGCCAGGACUGGCUCCGCUACGUUACAUACAGCGACCCUAACUACAACGCAUCUAACUGGAACGUCCACGACGCCACCGCCGCCUUGAAACAGAACCCCUACAACAUCCAAACCUGGGAAGCGGACCUCACGCCCUUCCGCAGCGCAGGCGGAAAGGUCCUCGCUUACCACGGUCUACAGGACCAGAUGAUCAGCUCCGACAACUCGAAGCUGUACUACCGCCGCGUGGCUGAGACGAUGAACCUGGCCCCCAGCGAUCUGGACGAGUUCUACCGCUUUUUCCAGAUCAGUGGCAUGGGACACUGCCACGGUGGUGACGGAGCCUAUGGGAUCGGGAACGGAUACGACGCGUACAACGGCGACAAGCCACAGGACAACGUGCUCAUGGCGAUGGUGAAGUGGGUGGAAGAUGGUGUUGCGCCGGAGACUGUCCGCGGAGCGAAGUUUGCUGAUGGCCCGGGAUCGCAGGUGCAGUAUGCGAGGAAACACUGUCGGUUCCCGAAGAGGAAUGUGUUCAAGGGGCCGGGGAACUACACUGAUGAGAAUGCGUGGCAGUGUGUUUAG